CAGGGGCAGCUGCUGCUGGGGACUCGCUUCGGUCCUCCACCGCCAUAGAGAGGAACGAGAGCCGGGCCAGAAGGGCCGGGGAGAGCAGCGAGCGGCGGAACCAGGAGGGCCCCGUGAGCAGCCAAUGGCUGGGCGGUGGGCGUGGCUAAGGAGCCGAGCGGGAAGCGGCCCCGCUCUAGCCGGCGCUUCCGCGUUCUCGAUGGCCGUGGAGGACCGAGGGCUGCUGCCCGCGCCCCCGGAGGGCAGGAAGGAUGAAGGCCAAGUACGCGCUGCUGGGGACGCUGUACUUCGUGCAGGGGCUGCCCUACGGGCUGCAGUCCGGCCUGCUGCCCGUCUUCCUGCGCAGCGCCGGCCUGUCCCUCACCCGCAUCAGCCUGGCCAAGGCGCUCUACCUGCCCUGGGUGCUCAAGGUGCUGUGGGCGCCCUGCGUGGACCGGUGCGGCGCCCUGCGGGCCUGGCUGGCGCUCAGCAUGGCCGGGUUGGCGCUGGCCUGCCUCGCCUGUGCCGCCCUGUCGCCGGAGACCGACUUCCUGCCCCUGGCGCUGGCGCUGGGGGUCAUGAACCUCCUGGCCUCGCUGCAGGACGUGGCGGUGGACGGCGUGGCCGUGCAGCUCCUGGCGCGGGACGAAGUGGGCCACGGCAACGCCAUCCAGGUAGUGGCCUAUAAGCUGGGCUCGGUGCUGGCGGGCGGCGGGAUGCUCGCCGUCCUGCACCGCGUGGGCUGGAGGACUCUCUUCUGCCUCCUGGCCGCCGUCUACCUCGUGGCCGUGCUGUACGUGUGCAAGGCGCCGGUGCUGCGGCUCCUGCCGCGGCCCCCCAGCUGGGAGAGCCAAGCCCCAGCCGGGACCCUCGAGCCGCGGAGGAUUGUCCGGGAGGUUCUGCGCGUGCCGGGCACCCCGUGGACCGCGGGAUUCGUCCUCCUCUACAAGCUGGGGGAGCAGGGAGCCGCCACCAUGUUCCCGCUGUUCCUGCUGGACCACGGGUUCACGCCGCAGCAGCUGGGGCUCUGGAACGGGAUGGUCGCCGUGGCCUGCUCCAUCCUGGGCUCCUCACUGGGCGGGCAGCUGAUGUCCAGGCAGAGGCAGCCGCUGGCUCUGCUGAAGACGCUGCUGCUGCUCCGCUUCUGUGGCCUGAGCCUGCAGACCCUGCUGCUGCUCGCGUAUGACCCCCACAUCUCUCUCCUUGGAGCGGCCGCCGUUCUGAGCCUCUGUGUCCAGCACCUCUUCGGGGGGCUCGUCACCACCCUGACCUUCAGCGCCAUGAUGCAGUGCACGCAGCGGGCCGACACCAGCAUCCAGGCCACGCACUACAGCGUCCUGGCCGCCCUGGAGGUGCUGGGCAAGUUGGCCUUCAGCACGGUCGUUGGUGGCCUCGUGGACCAGCUCGGCUUCGGGCUCAGCUUCGGUGGCUUCCUCCUGCUCUCGCUGGGGGCCCUCCUCUACGUGCUCGGUGCCCCGCCGGCUGGCAGCUGAUGGGGGUACUCGGGCACUGACAGCCCUCCCCAUGACCACUCUGGGACUGGGCAUCAUCUCGGGGCCAUGGCCGGACUCACACAGGCACAGAGAGGGGGCAAGCCAGGGGCCAGGCCUGCCCUGCCGCUGCCCACACCAGGCUGCCCAGGACCCUCGGGUGCCCUGCACAGCUCCGUGACCCCUCAUGCUCCAGCUCGGACAUUAAACGGCCUGUUCUUCA